AACCCUCCACCUCUUCGUCUCUGUUUCAGAUCUCGGCUCGGCGCGCGCCUGGUCCGUCUUCGCAAGUCGCAACACGUCUUGCUGCGGCGGUCGCAUUUCAAAAAGACAAAGCAGCGCGCCGGCGCUGGUCGCCGGCCAAGCUUCGAGUCAACCGUGGUGUCGCGAAGCGCACCAGGAAGCAGCACGCAAUGGAAUACCGGCCACAGAGCCCUGACCUGUCCGGGUUGUCCACCGAAUCCUCGUAUCGGCCGGUCAGUCCGCAGCUGGGACAGCUUGGGGAAAUUCCCAUCUCUGGUUCCCCGUCCUUUGUGCCACAACAACACUUCUUCAACAACAAUAACAACUACGCCGACUUCCAGACACCCGUCACCUCCUUUCCACAACAAUCGCCGCAGACCUACCACUACCAACCACAACCGCAUCCCGGUAUGCCGCCCACGACGCGACGAAAACAGGUCAACUACGCCGAGCAACCCGACGACGAUGAUGACUUCAUGCCCGAUGCACCUACUGCCAAGAAGGCAAGACGAGUGAAGCAAGAGCCGAUGGAUCCCUUUCACAACGGUGCAUUCGAGCCAGUACCCUCACCCGCGCCCAUCAAAAGCGAGCCCAACAAAGAUCCGACACUGGGUUGUCAGAUCAAGACUUCGUUCCCAGUAGCACGCAUCAAGCGUAUCAUGCAGGCGGAUGAAGACAUCGGCAAGGUCGCUCAAGUGACCCCGACGGUCGUCAGUCGUGCCUUGGAGCUGUUCAUGAUCAAGCUCAUUUCAGCGGCUGCACACCAGGCACGAGGUCCUGAAGGGACUAGUGGGGCAGGAAAAGGCCCUAGGAGGGUGUUGGCACAGCAUUUGAAGAAAGCAAUCGCCUCGGAUCCACAGCUCGAUUUUUUGGAAGAAAUCGUAAGCAAGGUGCCAGAUGCGCCAACGAAAGCAAAGAAAGAGGCAGGCAGCGACUCUGAAGACACCAAGCCCAAGAAGAAGGGGAGAAAGAGGAAGGACUCGGGCGAUGACUUCUGAACCAAGGCGGACUGAUCACGAAUGACUGUAACGAUACUCCGCCAUGGCCUACUGAUUUCUGGGGGCCACUCGAAGACUGGCAUGCGAAGUGCUUUGCCGUCGUCGAGAGACUUGCUUCGAUCGAAGCACAUAUCUGCAGCGGUGUCAUCUGACAUCGAAGUGGACGUUUUGCAGCGCACAAAAACGUACCUGCCCUUGCUAUCAGUCGCAUCUAUGCUGAGAACGCUGGCCUACGAACCACGGGGAACGACAUCCAUCAUGAGCGAUCCGAGCAUCUUGGCGGCACGAUGAAGG